GCCAGGUGAAUGUAUAGCAUGAUGAUGGAGACGGACUUGCAUUCCCCGGCACCCCAAACAAACACGAGUGCGGGGCCAAACGCUGCAGGGAAACUGAACCAGGAGCGCGUCAAGCGCCCCAUGAAUGCGUUCAUGGUGUGGUCCCGUGGGCAGCGACGGAAGAUGGCACAGGAGAACCCCAAAAUGCACAACUCGGAGAUCAGCAAGAGGCUUGGGGCCGAGUGGAAGGUCAUGUCGGAGGCAGAGAAGCGGCCUUUCAUUGAUGAGGCGAAGCGCCUGCGCGCUAUGCACAUGAAGGAGCAUCCGGAUUACAAGUACCGGCCGCGCAGAAAGACCAAAACUCUGCUUAAAAAGGACAAAUACUCUCUGGCCGGCGGGCUGCUUACAAGUUCUACCAGCGGUGGCGGGGUGACUCUGGGUAUGAGCACGGCGCAGAGGUUGGAGAGUCCGGCGGGUCACGGCGGCGGAGGCGCAGGCGCGGCGAGUUACGCGCACGUGAACGGCUGGGCAAACGGUGCGUAUACAGCAGCCGCGGCUGCAGCCAUGAUGCAGGAGGCGCAGUUAGCCUACGGGCAGCACGCAAGCGCUGGGGCCGCUCACCAUCACGGACACCACCCGCAUCACCACGGACACCACCACCCGCACCAUCAGCACGCCGCAAGCGCGCAGUCCGUGCACCGCUACGACAUGAGCGCGCUGCAGUACAGCCCCAUGUCGAACUCUCCGAGCUACGUAAGCGCCUCGCCGUCCACCUACGCCGCCAUGUCGUACACGCAGCACCAGAGCUCCGUCUCAGCGGCUGCAGGAAGCGUCGGCACGCUCGGAUCGCUCGUGAAGCCCGAGCCGAGCGCAAGCCCUCCGCUUGGCGCCGCGUCCCGCGCGCCCUGUCCCGGUGACCUGCGCGAGAUGAUCAGCAUGUACUUACCGGCGGCGGAAGCUGGAGACGCGGCUGUUCAGAGCAGACUGCACGCGCUGCCGCAACACUAUCAGAGCACUGCAGCUGCCAUUAACGGAACCGUCCCACUGACGCACAUUUAA